AUUACUCUAAAGUUGGUGCUUUUGGGGCCUUUUCCCGGCGAGUUUCAUGGUCUUUUUCCUAUUCGCGCGCCUGUGGAUUGGCUUUGUCGCUCUCCUGCCGUUGGAUCUUCAUUUUGAGCUUCCAUCUUCGCCGUCCGAAUGAGCUCCCGCAGCUGAGAUUGGACGAGUUUGUCGUUUUCCCUCAAUGCAUUAAUUUCCGCCGUUCGAUCACCUUUUUUGGCUUUCAUCUUCGCCUUCCAAAUGCGAUUUCCUUUGUCAUCUUCCUUCUGUUAGAUGCAUGUAUCUACCACGUCAAUUUUGGCGGAUGUAUUCAAUGCCCCCAGCUUUCAUCAACCCUCACUCUGCAACUCCAGACCCAUCUUCUGUUGUUGCAUUCCCUGCUAUUACCUUGCAACGUUCAUAGAUAGCUGCCUUGGGUCUUCUCAAGAAUAUCUGCUAUCUUCUAAGCUCGGUAGGGGUUGCUACUUUAUUGGUUGCCACCUGCUGCUUUUACCUUUCGUAUCUCAUUUGAUGGCAAGCAUUGUAUCAUCAUCAUAAUCAACCAAGCUUUUAUCCCAAAAAAUAAUUGUUGGCGUUUGUGGUGAUACAAUGGACAGUGACGCAUCAAGUAAAAAUAAUAGAAAAAAAAGAAAGCAGAUUCUAAUGGAGAAAAGAAGGGAUUGUUGCAAAGGUCGGUUUGCAUCGAUAAAUGAUCCUUCAUCAUCUUCCGGAAAAAGGACAUGCAGCGAGUGUGAGCCUGCAUUUUUGUGUGGCAAUAUUCAUCGUCCACCACCUUCGCCAAUCAUAUGUGUGCCUCCUGGUUUGCAUAACUUGGUUGCUCUGGAUUUGGGUUUCCCAGAACAUACCUGUCAAUUCUGCGGGGCUAUCUUCUGGUAUGCAGAGCGACUAAAGUCCAUUAAAUCUCGAGUUCCAGUAUACUCUUCUUGCUGCAGACAAGGUCGUAUAAAACUUCCACGCUCUAGGGAAAGCCCGCAGCUCUUGCAGCAACUGUUCGACUAUAACGGAGGCAGAUCUUCAAAACUUUUCCGUGACAACAAUAGAGUGUAUAAUUCAAUGUUUGCAUUUACCUCAACUGGCGGUAAGAUUGAUCAUGGAAUUAACAAUGGUCAAGGGCCUUAUGUGUUCAAGAUCAAUGGCCAAAACCAUCACAUGAUUGGAUCAUUGCUCCCAUUGGAUGGUCAAAGGCCUCAUUUCGCACAACUUUAUAUCUAUGACACAGAAAAUGAAGCUGCAAAUAGGAUAUCCAGUGUUGGUGCCUCUGCUCUCCAUGGGACAAUUGAUGAAUGUGUGGUUUCUCAGUUAAUUACCAUGUUUGAUGAAGUUAAUGAAUUGGUGAAGGUCUUUCGAAUGGCAAGGGAUCGGUUCUCAGCCGGGGAAACCCAUUCUCUUUCAUUGGUAUUAUGUGGCAAGCGCCAUCAUGAUGAAUUACAAUAUAAUGCACCCACUGCAGCUGAAAUGGCAGGGUUGGUGGUCGGCGAUCUAGGCAAUGCUAGCCAACAGCACGAUAUCAUUGUCGAGUAUCAAAGCAGGCUGCUAAAACGUAUAGAUGAUUUCCACCCUUCCUUUAUGGCCAUGCAAUAUCCUCUUUUAUUUCCAUACGGAGAAGAUGGGUAUACUCUGAAUAUUCCUUAUCAAUUUUGUCCAGAUAGGCCAACAUUGAAACGAGGGAAUGUAACAAGGCGAGAGUAUUACGCUAUUGAGGGGCGGAAAAUUGUAUCAGCAAUAUAUUGUGGAUGCGUUUACAUGUAUUGAGGAUGAGAGGUUGCGCUAUAUUAGAUUCAAGCAUCAACAAGAACAUUUUAGAUGUGAACUAUACAAGGGUGUGCAAGAUGCUUUUCUUCGGGGUGAUGUUGCCGCGAGUUCAGUAGGUCAACGCGUCAUAUUGCCUUCAAGUUCUACUGGUGGCCUCGGUAUAUGAUUCAGAACUACCAUGAUGCCAUGGCAAUUUGCCGGACACGGGGCAACCCAAAUUUGUUUCUAACUUUUACAUGUAACGUUAAAUGGCUUGAGAUCCAGAAUGCAUUGAGUCUUAUCCCUGGUCAAAGAGCAGAGCAUCGACCCGAUAUAGUCUCACGUGUCUUUCAUAUGAAACUUGAUGAAUUUAUGGCUGAUAUCAAGACAGCAAACUAUUUUGGCAGAGUUGUUGGAGCUGUUUACACAGUGGAGUUCCAAAAAAGAGGCUUACCUCAUGUGCAUGUUAUAAUAUGGUUGUAUGAGGGUGAUAAAAACCCAACUAUUGCUGAUAUUGACAGGAUAAUAUGUGUAGAGAUCCCAAAUAAGGAGACUGAACCUGCUUUA